AUGUCGUUGUUUUCAGGCAUCCACAUCCCCAACGGCACCGUCGUCCGCAUGAUCGACUUCGCUCCCGGGGCAGAGAGCCCGAUGCACCGGGCCAUGUCUCUCGAGUACGGCGUCGUCAUCGAGGGCGAGUUUGAGCUGACGCUCGACAGCGGCGAGAGCAUCAUCAUGAAGCCGGGAGACAUGUCCGUCAACCGCGCCGGCAACCACAAGUGGCGCAACGUCGACCAGAACAGGUCCGGACGCAUGCUCUUCGUCCUGCUGGAUAUCGUGCCGCCUGUGGUUAAUGGGCAGGCGCUCAAGCAGGACUUGGGCGGGCUCGUGGUCGAGUAUGAGAAUGCGAAAUAA